CCCGUCAGUAACGUUUCUUAACCCAUUACCAUGCAGAAACUAUACAAUUUCGGACCUCACAAGCUUUGCGAGAAUCAAGUCUUUUAUAAGAGCAAGUUCUGCAUCGGUCUGGUCAAUCUCAAGCCAAUUACGCCUGGUCAUGUCAUGGUCAUACCCAGACGUAUUGUUCCUCGUUUUGCAGAAAUGACUUCCGACGAGGCGACAGAUAUGAUCUUGAGUGCUCAAACAAUUGGAAAAGUUAUUGAAAAAGAGUUUGAUGCAACUUCUCUUACUAUGGCUAUGCAAGAUGGCCCUCAAGCUGGACAAACGGUACCUCAUGUUCAUAUGCAUAUUAUACCGCGAAAAGCAGGAGAUUGGGCCAACAAUGAUGAUAUCUACGACGAAUUGGAUGGUAAACAAGCAGCGGGUGUUAAAAGAGUCGAUAAUGACGAACGAAAACCGCGCUCCAUAGACGAAAUGAAGGAGGAAGCUGAAAAAUUACGACCAUUUUUCAAUCAACAUGAAGAUUGAUACAUCUCUAUGUGUCGAUAGAAGCAGCCUUGUAGAUUGAAUCUUGUAGUCUAUCUAAUUCACUGCCUUGUACGUGAUAGACCUAUUGAAUAAAGCUUGUUACAAUAUGUUCAUUUGGACAAACUUUCAUCAAGA